AAACAUACCAGCACUUUCGUCACAAUCUUGGAAUAAGCCUCUUCAUCAGUAUUUCACGAGUACCAAACAGUUUAUACACCUUUUUACCAGCUCAUUGCUUCCUUCGAACGAAUAUGGCUUUACGGUCUCUGACACGAACCUCAAGACUAAUAAAACUUGCAAUCAUUUCACCUUUUUACCAAGGUAUACACUUCAAAGUCUUCCAGGAGUUAUUCCACAUUUUCGGUCACCUAAUUGCGGGAAUAUGUUUGAUAUGGAUUGUCUUUUAAUUUAUUUCGUUACUG